CUUAAUGCAAGUGUACAUCCGAUAGGUAAACUUCUUCUUCCCCUCCCUCCCUCAAGAGGAGCAAAGAGAGAUAUCAUCCAAAUCCACAUAAAAUCACUCUUUAAGCUACUCCAUUUCCGAAUGUACUGUCGAUCAUCAAGAUGAGUAGUACUUUGUCGGAUUCAAACAGUUUACACAGUGCUUCACCUUCUUCCUCAAAAGAGAUGCCUCGAUCAAGAAAGCGUGGGAGAAAUGCUAGUAGAGUUGGCAUGGCAUGUAUACCAUGCCGACAAAGCAAAUUGAAAUGUGAUGGCAACAAACCUUCGUGUCAUCGAUGUGCAACUCGAUCCCAGGAUUGCUUUUGGGCUGCUUUGGAUGGCAGAUCAACAGAAGCAAAAAAGGAUAGAAGAACAUCCGAUCAAGAUGUCGCUGAAUCAUCUAUCAGAGCUGAACGUGCGAUUGACCAGCUGGAACUUCUAGCAAAUGCUGCCGUAGAGGGACACUCAUUCCCGCCUCCUUCAACAGCCUUACCCGGUCCAUCUUCGAUCACAUCAUCGAUUGGUGACCAACUUCGAUCGUCUCCGGCUUUAUACCCUCAACAUAGCCUGCCGCCACCUCCGCCAGCUUUUCAGCAGUCAUACUAUGGAAAUCCUCAUUUUUCCACAAAUACGCAUUCACCCAAAUAUCACAACCUGAACUAUUAUCAGCGGCAUCUUCCUUCACCUUCGCCUAUCCCACCUCCUGAUUCGCAUACUUAUUUCUCCGCUUCAAGCUCUCUGAAGCCGAUUCGAUCACCGGCCGCAUUCAGUCCAGCAUCGCGACAAAACUUACCUCCUCCAUCGCUCUUGACACCUCAGCCCAAACCGGAUUCUCAUGCUUCCCCAUCAUCCUUCUCGCAACAACUGGGAACGCCAGGUAUGAAUACGCCAACGGCAUUAAUGUCUGUUUCAGGCACAGAUUCUGCCAAUGUUCAUCAACCGAUGUGGUGGGAACGAAGAGGAGGAGCACAAAAUAUAUUGAGAAGAGGAACUGCACUUUCACCUGCUGUAACAGAUCCCUUGGCUGGAUUUGAUUGGUCUUCACUUGGUUUGGAACCGGAACAUAUGACGGAUGAUAUGGUGGACAUGCUGACUGGAAAAGUCGUUUGGGUUGAUCCGCCAAAUUCGAUUCUUAACGGGAAUACAAAGACGGAUCCCAUUCAAGCGAUUGAUGGAGGUGUGAAUGCUGAGAGUGUUGUGGAUUCGAAUUCGGGUGCCUUGUUAACCACGCAAACAGAACAAGACUCAAAGACUGGUUCGUCAGAAGUUGUACGGAUUCAAUAUUUCCGUUUGCUUGGGCCAACGGGUAUUUCACCUGGUAUCAAAAAGAUUUCAAUGGAAUUGAAACUUACACCUUCUGUUCGCAGAGCUUUGUUCGACUCCAACUCACCAUCCACCUCCAAACCAGGUGCUCAAAGGGUGGAUUGGGAAAGACUGAUAGCAAAUAGUAGUGCGGCAGGAGAGACGGAAGAUGUAGGGGAAGGGGAGGCACAAUCACUCUCUGAAGAUGAUCUUGGCAAUCUCAAAUCAGGCGCAGAAAGUAGGCCUGAGUUGUUUGAAGGUGAUGUACCAGCUCAAUGGGUUCUCAAUGAACUUUUACCGAUCUUCUUUGAUCGUCUUGGAGAUCAUUAUCCGUGUUUGAACAGGGUUGGACUGGAAUCCCGACUUGGCUUAAACAGCACAAGCCCUUCUCCGGCAAAGUCCGUUCCUCCGAUGUUGAUCAAUAUCAUUUGUGCACUUGCAGCACGCUACUCCACCCAUCCGCAUAUCACUGGAGGUCGAUCUGUACAAAGAGCACAUACGUUUGGCAAACAAUUUGCACGAAAAGCAAAAGAUUUUUUGGCAACUUCUUUAGCCGUUCCUGGAAGAACGACAAUUUUGGCAUUCUUGAUGAUUGCCUGGCACGAAUUUGCAUGCAAUUUGGAUAGUGCAUUUUGGAAUUACGGUGGAAUGGCUCUGAGAAUGGCAAUCGAUUUAGGAUUACAGAGACAUUUACCAACUGCCCGUGAUACACGAGAUAUGGCCGAUGCAGAUUUGAUCGAUGACGCAUUAUUGUUCUGGUCUGUUUAUCAGAUGGACCGUAUUCUUGUCGUUGGAACGGGUAGACCGACAAGUAUCAAAGAUCGUGAGAUCACAUGUCCAAUGCCGAGUAUCGUUGACUCUCCCGAUAAUGCGAACAUCUUGUUUGCUUAUUAUAUCCGCCAUGUUCGAAUUGGAGGUCGAAUUGCAGAGACGAUCAACGCUGUGCUUUUACCAGACGAAUUGACGCGAGAGGAAAUUCAAAAAGAGCUAGACGUUCUGGAAUCGGAAUUGAUCGAGUCGUACGAAACGAUACCAUCUCAUUUACGCUUAAACACCGUGAACUUCAAAGCAUCAACGCAAAAGCACCUCUUUCUCGAAUUUCAUUUGUGGUUCCACAAUUUGCUCUUUAUCCUUAAUCGAUCACCAAUUGUGGAAAUGCGGAAAUCACUUUUACCCCUGGAUGCAGUCAAGGUUGUACGUAAAUCCGUCCAGAGAUGUGCGGAUGUCGUUGCACUGGAUGAUGCAUACGACAACAAAAUCUUGGAAAGUGUUCCGAUGGCAAAUCAGACAUUGUUCCUUGCAGGCUGUGCGGAAUUGGAAGAAUCUCAACAACAUUUUGUCGAUAAUGGCAAUGUUUUUCAAACCAUUGCAAAGAAUGGAGAUGGAGGUGUUCCACGUAGUUCGAUUCAUUUGAUGCGUGAGGCUGAAGAUGGUUAUAAGAAAUUCGCAAGUGCAUUGGAGAGAAUUGCGAUUUAUUGGGAUGGCGUUCGCUGGAUUCAUGGAGUGUUGACACAAAGACAGCUUGGCAGAUCUCAUACAGACUUGGUCGAGCUGGCCGUUGGAACCGAUGCACUGGUGUCCAAACGUGAGCUUCGUCUCUUGCAACGUUUGCGUAGUGGAGAAGGGCGUGGGUCUGGUGCAGGUGUGGGCGAACAAGAAGAAGUAGGUGAAAGUGGAAAUGGACAUAGCAAACCCACCACAAGAUCACCAUCACGGGCGCCGCUAGAAUUCUCAGAUGUUGCUUCUUUGGACGAAUUGGCUUCUCUACUGCCGCAAGUACAAUCCAUCUUAUCUUCACAAUAUCCUACAGUUUCGACAAAUUCACCUGCAAGAGUUGGCAAUUAAUCAAAUUUCAUGUCAUGUAUAUUAAGAACUCAUGUAUAGUAGUAUAUUCACGGAAUUGAAGUAUGGG